GGGGAGCUCUGCUGAAGCCUUACCUCAGGGGUACACAGCCCAGUACCCACCUCCCCCUCCUCAUGCCCGGAUACCCGCAGAGUAUCCACCUCCGCUGCCCCACCCUGGCCCAGACUUCCCAGGACAGCCUCUGUCGGAGGCAGGUCUCCGGCUCUACACCCAGUCGCAGGCCCUGAUCGAACAGGCCGGAGGAGUGGAUGGGACAAUGUCAGCGAUCCCUCCCCCACCAUCGCAGCCAGAAGAAGGGGGCAAGCUGGACGGGACCCACCAGCAGCAGCAGUCCCCAGACCCCGAGGGGAACAAAGCGGAACACAAGCGCCUGCACGUCUCCAACAUCCCCUUCCGCUUCCGUGAUCCGGACCUCCGCCAGAUGUUCGGGCAAUUUGGCAAAAUCCUGGAUGUGGAAAUUAUCUUCAACGAGCGAGGCUCCAAGGGGUUUGGUUUCGUGACCUUUGAGAACAGCGGCGAUGCCGAUCGGGCCCGUGACAAGCUGAACGCGACCAUUGUGGAAGGCCGGAAGAUCGAGGUCAACAAUGCCACUGCGCGGGUUGUGACACCUAAGAAGAUGCCAACACCUUUUAUCAAUGCUUGGAAGAUCAACCCGGUGGUGGGAGCCGUCUACCCCCCGGAGCUUUACACAGUGGCUGGAUUCCCGUACCCAGUGGCGGCCGCAUCUCCAGCCAUGGCCUACAGGGGGAGCCACCUGCGAGGGCGUGGCCGGGCUGUGUACAACACCAUCCGGGCAGUGACUGCUCCAUCGCCCAUGCCAGCCUACGGAGGGGUCGUGUACCAGGAUGGUUUAUACGGACCAGAUGUUUACGGGGCUUACGCCACAUACCGAGUGGCCCAACCUGCGCCUGCCACCACUACCUACAGCGAUGGCUAUGGGAGAGUGUACACCACCGCUGACCCCUAUCACCCCGCACUAGGACCUGCCACUACGUAUGGCGUCGGAACAGUGGCCAGCCUAUACCGCGGCGGCUACAAUCGAUUCACUCCCUACUGAGCGGAGCAUCGACCGGGGGGGAGACGAUCACCGAACCCGGGGCAGCCUUACACCUCCUCCUUCUCCGCCCGGACUACGUAAAGUUCCUUCCUCCACCCCACCUCUGCCCUUCUCUGGGCCGAGACGUGACUUGGAUCUUCUGUUAACUGUGCCAGAUGUACAACGCUUCGAUUCGGGGAUUGCCCCUUUGUCUUUUGACUUGUUGAGUUGACUUGAGGAAGGGUGCA